UUUUUUAAUUUCUUGUCGUAAUCCAUGGGUUUAGGGUUUUUGAUUUGAACUUUAAUUUAUGUAUGAUUUCAGGAAGUUCUGGUUGUAAUUCCCAACUUUUUGGCACGAGAUAAGAUCGUUGGAUUGUAUCAAAGAGAUUACGCGCAAAUGGCAACGGAAUCAUCGGAAGGAGAAGAAGAAACCAAGCUGAUGGGUGGGAAUCCGCAGCUGGUGGUGGAUGGUGACCUACGUGAGAUGGCAAAGAUGGCUGCUUGGAGCGUAAGCUCUUGUAAACCUGGCAAUGGCGUUUCUUCUCUUCGAGAUGACAAUUACGAAACCUAUUGGCAAUCAGAUGGUGCACAACCUCAUCUUGUUAACAUUCAGUUUCAGAAGAAAGUUAAGCUUCAAUUGGUGGCUCUUUAUGUUGAUUUCAAUCUUGAUGAGAGUUAUACGCCUAGUAAGAUCUCGGUUCGUGCUGGAGAUGGUUUCCAUAACUUAAAGGAGAUAAAAACAGUAGAACUUGUCAAGCCAACUGGUUGGGUAUACAUAUCUUUAUCUGGCAACGAUCCUCGGGAAGCUUUUGUGAAUACAUUCAUGUUGCAAAUCGCUAUAUUGUCAAAUCAUCUCAACGGAAGGGAUACACAUGUUCGCCAGAUAAAAGUCUAUGGACCACGACCGAAUCCUAUACCACACCAACCAUUUCAAUUCACUUCUACUGAAUUCAUUACUUACUCAACUGUUAGAUAAGGAAGCUAAAAGGUGUUGGAUUGGCAGUUUACAGUUUGCCGCAACAAGGUCAGAUAUGCGUACAUUUUACACCAAAGUACUGUUUUCCGAUGAGAUAUACUGGGCUAGUUUGAUUCAAGUAGAGUACCAUCUUAAGUUUAUGGUCA